GGAGGGAAUCUUUAUUGGGUUACAAAUUGCAAAAAUGCAAAUGCAUUAGAAGGGAACGCUAGGCUAACUUCGUGGCAGAGAGAUAGAUAGAUAGAUAGAUAGAUAGGAGUCUGUUUUCUCCUCCACUCUCACAGAGAGAGAGAGAGAGAGAGAGAGAGAGAGAGAGAGAGGCACAGGGUAGCAGGGUCACAGCACCCACGUGAAGGUUCAUUUGGACACGUCCCCACACAGAUCCUCCGUAUCCAAAGGUGGGCCCCACACAGACACUCAGAGAAAAAAAAACACACACUUUGCCCUUGCGCUUCCUAGAAGAGAGGGGGGUGGGGUCCCAUAAAACUGUACAAUUCCUUCUGCCCACACGUGUCCACACGCCCUUGCACGUGAACGGCCACGUGUCCCUCAUUCCCUACCACGCACACACCUCCCUUAGCUAAGUAAAGUCCUUCCCCCCGCCCCAGUCCUUGUCCUUUAAAUUGAGAACCUGUACGUUAUAUCCUAGACACACCCACAGUCAGCACUCAGACGCUGUUGCUUUGCUCAUUGCUUUCCUUUCCAUAUUUUUCAUUUUUCUUUACGAAAAAAAAAGAGAGAGAGAGAGAGAGAGAGAGAGAGAGAGAGAAAUUUGAAACAGUCCAAACAUUUGCCGAAUUCCUCGUUGCCUCCUUUUCUGCCCAUAUAAACACUAUGUAUUUAUAUAUAUAUAUAUGUAGCAGAAACCAAAAAAAAAGAAUCCCAAUUUGUUUAUAAAUGAUAUUAUAUUUGUAACAAAAAAAAAAAAAAGGGUUUAUUAUGAGAACAUAGCAGCAAGGGAAUCUGUGCAUGUUGCGUAGAAAAUCUUUAAAGUGCAAUCCGGCUUACGUUAGCCCCACGCCUACCCACAACGCUGCCACAAGAUUUUGUUCCCUCCCGAUUUGCACCACCAGUUCAACCGCCUGCUCAAUCUUUCCGCCGGUGUGCGCAGUCUUCUUAUCCUUCACCACCACCUCCUUCAUUUCCCUAUAAAAACACCAACACCAACAAAGCUACAUACAUAGCGUCGUCGACCUAAAAAUGGCUACUAAGCUUCUCAUAACCUUCGCUAUUUGUAGAUUGAUUGUAACCGUUGGACUGACCCUGGACCCUACCGAGCUUCUCCGUCUCGCAGUCGAGGGUCAGCUAAGCCUAGACCCAUCCGACUUGGAAACGGCUUCGCUCGAUUUCGGUAUGAUGGGCCGGGCCAAACCGUUAGCCGUUCUGCAUCCGGCUUCCGCUGAAGACAUAGUGAGGCUCGUCCGAGCUGCCUACGGUUCGGCUCUUGGGUUCAGUGUGUCGGCUAGAGGACAUGGGCAUUCCAUUAAUGGGCAGGCCCAAACGACGAAAGGGGUGGUGAUUGAGAUGAGCGGCUCGUCGAAAGGGAGAGGAACACAAGGUGGCUACGGUAGUAAGCCGGCUCUGAUGCUGCCUCGGGUUUCGGAGACGAAGAGGUAUGUGGACGUGUGGGGUGGAGAGCUUUGGAUAGAUGUGUUGAGGUCCACUAUGGAGCAUGGACUCGCACCCAAAUCAUGGACUGAUUAUUUGUAUCUGUCAGUGGGUGGAACACUUUCUAAUGCUGGAAUUAGCGGUCAAGCUUUCAAUCAUGGACCUCAAAUUGCCAAUGUUCAUGAGCUCGACGUUGUUACUGGGAAAGGUGAGCUCUUUACAUGUUCAGAAAAUCAAAACUCAGAGCUGUUCCACGCUGUUCUUGGUGGUCUAGGUCAGUUUGGAAUUAUCACGAGGGCUAGGAUUGCCCUUGAACCAGCCCCUCAAAGGGUGAGGUGGAUUAGAGUCCUGUAUUCUAAUUUCUCAGCUUUUACUAAGGACCAGGAGUUUCUCAUCUCUCUGCAUGGACAACCUUCCUCUAAAAAAUUCGACUAUGUUGAAGGUUUUGUUAUUGUAGAUGAGGGCCUUAUUAACAAUUGGAGAUCCUCUUUCUUUUCCCCUCAUAAUCCUGUUAAAAUCUCCUCUAUCAACUCCAAUGGAGGUGUUUUGUAUUGCUUGGAGAUCACCAAAAAUUACCAUGAAUCCACUUCGGAUACUAUUGAUCAGGAAAUAGAGGCGUUGUUAAAGAAAUUGGAUUUUAUACCGACAUCAGUCUUCACAACUGAUCUUCCUUACGUGGAUUUCUUGGACCGGGUCCACAAGGCCGAGUUAAAACUCCGGUCCAAGGGUCUCUGGGACGUGCCCCACCCGUGGCUAAACCUUUUCAUUCCCAAGUCAAAGAUUUCUGACUUCGAUAAGGGAGUGUUCAAGGGCAUUUUAGGGAAUAAGACAAGCGGGCCCAUUCUUAUCUAUCCCAUGAACAAGGAGAAGUGGGACCAGAGGAGCUCGGUGGUGACACCGGACGAAGAAGUGUUUUAUCUGGUGGCAUUUUUAAGAUCAGCUUUGGAUUCCGGGGAUGAGACUCAAUCCCUCGACUACCUCACUAAUCAGAACCGUCAGAUUCUCAGAUUUUGUGAUGAUGCCGGGAUCAAUGCCAAGCAGUACCUGCCCCACUACACUACACAGGAGGAGUGGCUGGACCACUUCGGCGAUAAGUGGGCCCAGUUCUAUCAGAGGAAGAUGGAGUUUGACCCCCGGCGCAUUUUAGCUGCAGGCCAGCGCAUUUUUAAUCCCACCCCGCUUUCCAAUAAUAUAAAAAAAUUAGCUUCAUGGUGAUGGUGAUGAAUAUCAUCACCGUGACCAAAAGGCAUAGUCUACAAUUGAUCUUAUACAAUAGUCAUCCAGGGUUAUAUUCUUGUACAUACAAAUAGAUGUUUUGGGUGGAAGGACUUUCAAGGAGGCUGAAUUAAUAGAAUUAUUUUAGUUAGGAAAUUAGGGAGGGUUUUUUUACGGUGUGGUGCGGUAAAGGUAGUUUUGGUUUUGUCAGACAACAACACGUAUCGGACGGUGCAAAAUGGGAUCCAAAUGGUGGGGUUUGUGAUCUUGCGGUGCACAUGUCGUGUUGUAGUUAGCAGCGCCCAUGAUCCCGACAGCCCGUCUGCUUUUGUCCCCGAGUCUUGUCCUUUAGCUUCUUCGCACACAGCUGUUUUCGGUUCCGUCCAUCCUGGAUUGGGAUGAUUUUACCGUCUUACCCUUUUAGUUUUGUCGCCGUAAUUCAUAGGAAAACAUCAUCUCACUUCUCUUGUAAAUAAAAUGAUUUUGAUCGAAGUAAUUGAGUGCAAAAAUUUUUUAAGUUGAA